AUUUUGAGAAUACGCCUUAACGACCAAUGGUUAACGAUGGCUCUGAUGGGUGGUUUUGCUAGAAUAGGCAACAAUGAAAUCACUAUUUUAGUAAAUGAUGCGGAGAAGGGUAGUGACAUUGAUCCACAAGAAGCUCAGCAAGCUCUUGAAAUAGCGGAAGCUAACUUGAGGAAAGCUGAAGGCAAGAGGCAAACAAUUGAGGCAAAUCUAGCUCUCAGACGGGCUAGGACACGAGUCGAGGCUAUCAACGCGAUUUCGUAACGAGUUGGUUAAUCGAAAGAAUUUCCGUAGAAACAGAACUUUCGUUUAUACAUCCCAUUUUGAUUCUGCCGAUUAAAUAGAAUCAAAUACAAUCAAAAGUGAAAUCAGAUUUUGAUCUAACGAAAAAUUUGAAAAUUGAAAACGGAAAUAGAAUAGGAUGAAAAAGAUAGAAAAUCAAUAAAAGAAGGUGGGUAGAAAAACUUAUUAGACACCGGGAUCGAUGGUAUCUAAUAAGUUCUACCUACUAUUGGAUUUGAACCAAUGACUCCCGCCGUAUGAAAGCAAUACUCUAACCACUGAGUUAAGUAGGUCAUUUAUUAUCAUAAGGAAUCAUAAAGAGAAAGAAAAGGGACCUAUUACAUCGAUGGAUUAUAAAUCCAAUAUUACUUCUAAGCAAUACCAAUCAAACCGACCAAAAGGGUAUGAUUAUGAUGUUGGAUCAUGUAAUAUUCAUCUUGACAAGAAAUUAUCUACAUAAUAUGAUAAAAUAUGUAUCACAAACACAAGGGCUAUAGCUCAGUUGGUAGAGCACCUCGUUUACACGUGCGCCAAUGUUUUUCAGGGAAGUCUAUCAUGCAAUCAAAAGAAUUGAUCUUUUUGAGAAAUCGAUGUCUUACUCCAUUACUUUGAAGGAACAAAACAAGAGAACAAUAGCCUGACAAAUGGUUCGGUCCGAUUCGGGUGCCGUUUAGGCAAGAUCCGAAUCGAACCCAUCAUUGAUUUGAGAUAUUGAUAGGGUGAAUACCCGGUCUAUUCAAUGCUAGGCAUAAUGAGUAUAAGGACCUCAAAAAUGCUCUUUUCGUCCUAUGAAUCUUAAGGUGUAUGAAGUUUCAUGUUUGAUUUUUUAAUCAGGAUGGUAGAGACUCCAUUUAACUUAGGUUGAUCUAGGCCAGAAGCAGACCUACGUCAAGAUAACCCUUCCCCUCUUUGAAACACUUUGGAAGUGCUCCUGUAUCAGUAAUGAAUCAGAGCACAAUGAAUCAGAGCACACGGAACCGUCUUCUUUUUUUCUGUUAGAAAAAAAUAUAUAUACGGUAGACUAACUGAUAUUUCUAUCAGUUAAUGAAAGAGCCCAAUGCAAAAAAAAAAUGCAUGUUGGGUCUUUGAAAUAGGCCGAAUCAUUUUGAUAAUAAUCAGUUCGAUCUGUUUUACCGAGAAGGUCUACGGUUCGAGUCCGUAUAGCCCUAUAUUUUCGAAUUUUCUAUUUUAUUAAUUUUAAAUAUUCAUUAAAUUUAUUAAAUUAAGAAAAAUGAAAAUAAUAUUCUUAAAACUAAAGCAAACUAAAACAAUAAAAUAAAGAAUAUCCAAAUACAACUAAAAAUAAAAAUCUAGUUUUUUUCCUAAUUAUUGUAUUCUUUGUUGAUUGGAACUGGUCGCUUCCAGUUGCUUGGUUAAAAUCAUUCCCAUAAGCUCGCUCACAGGGAGAUCACUCAGAGUAUAACCCUGAAAACAAAAGCGCAUUUCAACGGAUCCAAUCGCUCUUUUUUUUCUUGGAUAAGAAUAAAAUAAACAAAACCCCAUUUUCUUAAUUAAUCCUCGCGGGUAGAUUGAUUUUUGAUUGAUUCUAUAUAAAUAGAUAUAAAAUAAAAAAUUUCUAUUUAUUCUAAAUCUAUAAUUUCGAAUUUAUAUUUAGAAUAAAUAGAAUUUCGAAUUAAAAGUUUUUUUAUUUCUAAAAUUCUAAUAAAUAUUAGAUAUUAGUUAGAUAUUAGAAUUCCUUUUAUUUAGAAAAAUCCGAAAUGAAGUGAAAACGAAAAAGUAUUACUUGUUUUGGAUUUGUAUAGUAUUAUACUAUAUAUAGUAUAAAUAUAUAUUUAUACUAGUAUUAUACAAAUUAGUACUAUAUCGAAAUGAAAUCGAAAUAAGUGGAAUGUAAAUAAAAUAGGAUUAAUUCCAAUCAAUAAAUCUUAAAACGCAACAUGGAAACACCGCAAACAAACGAAACUGGACGAUUCGAUCAAACUGAAUUGUUGUUUUGACUAAACAAACAGUUGCGGAUGACUUGACAAUGAAUUCCAGGUCGAAGCGACUAAUCCGAUCUAUUUUUCACAUUCAUAGGAGUUCGUCUAUGUUUCUGCUUUACGAAUAUGAUAUUUUCUGGGCAUUUCUAAUAAUAUCAAGUGCUAUUCCUAUUUUGGCAUUUCUAAUUUCUGGAGUUUUAGCCCCGAUUAGAAAGGGUCCAGAAAAACUUUCUAGUUAUGAAUCGGGUAUAGAACCAAUGGGCGAUGCUUGGUUACAAUUU